AUGUCCAUGUCGAUGGACUUAGAAGACCAUGACGAGUUCAACCAGCUGUCAGAUGACUUCAUGCUCUGGCUGCAGCAAAGCAGCCCUCACUUCAAGGUGCACCCCAACAUCCGUAUCGCUGAUCUGAGGUCUACUGGAGCCGGUAGAGGUGUCUGCGCCGUGCAAGACAUCGCCGAAGAUGAAGAGCUCUUUGUCAUUCCCGAAGAUUUGAUACUCAGCGUGCAAAAUUCCAAGGCGAGGGAGGUUCUAGGUCUAAAUGAUAAAGAACUUGGACCCUGGCUGUCGCUAAUCAUCGCCAUGAUCUACGAGUACUACCAGGGCCGGCAGUCGAGAUGGGCACCAUACUUUCUUAUCCUCCCCACCAGCUUUGAUACGUUGAUGUUCUGGACAGAUGAGCAACUGCACGAGCUUCAAGGCAGUGCAGUGGUCAAUAAAAUUGGCAAGGCUGCUGCUGACGAGACGAUCCUUCAGAAGGUCGUCCCGUUAAUCCUGGCCAACCCCCAUCACUUUCCACCCAGGUCGGACAUGCCUCCGUUCGACUCUCCUGAUAGCAAGCAUGCUUUACUGUGUCUUGCUCAUCGUAUGGGCAGUCUGAUAAUGGCAUAUGCAUUUGACAUAGAGAAGACUGAGGAUGCAGAUGAGGGCUCGGCUGAAGACGGCUACAUGACAGAUGAUGAAGACGAGCCAGCGAAGGGUAUGGUGCCUCUAGCCGAUAUCUUCAACGCAGACGCACAGAGGAACAACGCCCGCUUGUUUCAAGAAGAAGGGUCGUUCGUGAUGAAGGCUAUCAAAAAUAUACACGCUGGUGAAGAAAUUUUCAACGACUAUGGUGAACUCCCAAGAGCAGACCUCCUUCGACGAUACGGUUAUGUUACGGAUAAUUAUGCCCAAUACGAUGUCGUCGAGUUUUCCUUGGACGGCAUCUGCAAAGUUGUUGGAUUGCCAGACAGCCGCCCUAGCGCAUCUAAUCCUCGACUUGAGUUCCUAGACAACCUUGAUAUGCUCGAGGACGGAUACAGUAUCCCUCGAAUUUCGGACGGCGAACCAUUAAAGGACGCAAUUCCAGAAGAUUUCCUAAUUCUUCUUCGGACCUUGAGCCUACCGGCGGAAGAUCUAGACCAGCUUAAGACAAAAAAUAAAGCCCCGAAGCCCGUGUUUUCGGGCUCAGAAGCAUCCCUUCUCCGGACGUUAGUUACCCAUAGACAGACUGAAUACCCUACGACAAUCCAGGAAGAUGAACAGAUACUUCGAUAUCUUGAAGAGCAAGGUGGCCAUUUUAACGAUGCAAAUCUGUGCCGUAAGAAGAUGGCAGUGCAGGUUAGAAAGGGAGAAAAGGAAAUUCUUGCUCAGGUUUUGAGCUUAUUGGAUACUUACUUGAUGCAACAAGGCCAACAGGGAUCUACGAAGCGUGGAACGACGAAUGUUGAGAACAGCUCCAAGAGACAAAGACAAUUCUGA